GGACGGCGAUGAUGGGGAGCGGAGCGCGAUGGAGGGGGGGGGCACGCGAAGCUUAGACAGGUGUUGCUGGGGUUUGCGCAUCGCCCGUGAGCUCGUCGGCAGGAUGGGAGCCGAGAGAACACCUCCGCAGCCCCUCCGCCGUCUCACAUACAUUCCGCAAUUUUGCUUUUCGGGAUCCGGAAUUUAAUUAACGCUGGACUCCGACCGAACGUCGCAAUGGUGCACCACUCGGGCUCCAUCCAGUCCUUCAAGCAGCAGAAAGGCAUGCACAACAGCAUCAGCGAGAUCCUGAAGGAGAAAAGCCUGAAGCCGUCUCGUCGCAGCCUGCCCUGCCUGGCCCAGAGUCAGACUCAUCCCAUCAACCUCAACCACUUCCUGUCUGUGCCUCUGAGCCCGGAGCCCAAGCCCGAGGUUGAGGCUCUGACUCAGAGCAUCAGCACCUCUUGCAGCCUCCUCCCCCCGCAGACAGAAGACGAGAGCAAGGAUCAGUACGUGGAGGAGUCAGAGGUGACCACGUGUGAAACGAGGGCGGACGAGUCAGUUCCUCAACAGAAACCUGUCACUCGCGUUAAACUAGAGGCGCGAACAGACUCAGUUCAGCGGAAGACUCCACCUGGUUCCUCUGGUCUCUUCUUCCGAGACGGGAAGAAGCGCAUUGACUACAUCCUGGUUUACAAGAAGUCAAGUCCACAAGUCGAGAAGAGAUGCACGUUUGAGAAGAACUUACGUGCUGAGGGCCUGAUGCUGGAGAAGGAGCCGUCCUUGACGAACAACGACAUCAUGUUUGUGAAGAUCCACGCUCCCUGGGACACACUCUGCAAAUACGCCGAGCAGAUGAACAUCAGGAUGCCGUUCAGGAAAAAAUGUUACUUCACAGACUGGAAGAGCAAAACCUUGGGCAGGUUUCAUCUCAGAUGUCAACAGAUCAAAAGCUGGCUUCCCCGAAAUCCCAUGAAGCUGGACAAAGAGGCCCUGCCUGACCUGGAGGAGACCGACUGCUACACAGCCCCGUUCAGCAGAGCCCGCAUGCAUCACUUCACUAUAAACAACAGAGAGACCUUCUUCUCCAAUUCCACCAGAAGCAGAAUAGUUCAUCACGUCCUGCAACGCACCAAGUACGAGGACGGAAAAUCAAAGAUGGGCAUCAAUCGGCUACUGGGCAACAGCACGUACGAGGCUGCAUUUCCUCCACAUGAGGGCGGGUAUAAGAGCAGGCACCCGAUUAAAACGCACGGGGCUCAGAACCACAGGCAUCUUCUGUACGAGCGCUGGGCCCGAUGGGGCAUCUGGUACAAAUACCAACCUCUGGACCUCAUCAGGCGCUACUUCGGUGAGAAGAUCGGCCUUUACUUUGCAUGGCUGGGCUGGUACACCGGCAUGCUGAUCCCCGCCGCCCUGGUCGGCGUCUUUGUCUUCCUGUACGGCCUCUUCACGAUGGAGUCCAGCCAAGUCAGUAAAGAGAUUUGUGAGGCCAACACCACCAUCAUGUGUCCUAUGUGUGAGGACACCUGCGACCCAUGGACGCUGAGUGACAGCUGUGUUUAUGCAAAGGUGACCCAUCUGUUUGACAAUGGGGGCACUGUGUUCUUUGCUAUCUUCAUGGCUAUUUGGGCCACAGUAUUCCUGGAGUUCUGGAAAAGGAGGAGAGCGGAACUGACAUAUGACUGGGAUCUGAUUGACUGGGAGGAGGAAGAGGAGGAGCUGAGGCCUCAAUUCGAAGCCAAGUACUCCAAAGUGGAGCGGGUCAACCCCAUCUCUGGCAGGCCCGAGCCUUUCCAGCCCUUCUCAGACAAACUCAGUCGACUCCUGGUGUCUGUGUCCGGGAUAUUCUUCAUGAUCUCCCUCGUGUUGACAGCCGUGUUCGCCGUGGUGGUUUUCCGCCUCAUUGUGAUGGAGAAGUUCGCGUCGUUCAACUGGAAAUUCGUGAAGAAGAACUGGCAGUUCGCUACGUCUGGCACCGGCGUCUGCAUCAACUUCAUGAUCAUCAUGUCCCUUAAUGUGGUGUAUGAAAAGGUCUCCUACCUGCUGACUAACUUGGAGCAUCCACGGACCGAGUCCGAGUGGGAGAACAGCUUUGCUCUGAAGAUGUUCCUGUUCCAGUUUGUAAACUUGAACAGCUCCACAUUUUACAUAGCUUUCUUCCUGGGAAGGUUUGCUGGCAGGCCUGGAAAAUACAAUAAACUCUUUAAUCGGUGGAGACUGGAGGAGUGUCACCCAAGUGGCUGUUUGAUUGAUCUGUGCCUGCAAAUGGGAGUCAUCAUGUUCUUCAAACAAAUCUGGAACAACUUCAUGGAGCUCGGUUAUCCCUUGCUGCAGAACUGGUGGUCUCGGAGGAAAAUGAAGAAAGGAGGCGGUGGAGGGCAGAAUGUAGACAAUAAAGCACAACUUCCACAGUGGGAUAAAGACUGGAAUCUGCAGCCCAUGAACGCUCAUGGUCUAGUGGAUGAAUACCUUGAAAUGGUUCUUCAGUUUGGCUUCACCACCAUCUUCGUUGCGGCGUUCCCGCUGGCUCCUCUCCUCGCUCUGCUCAACAACAUCAUCGAGAUUCGCCUCGACGCUUACAAGUUUGUCACCCAGUGGAGGAGACCCAUGCCGGCUCGAGCCACCGACAUAGGUAUCUGGCACGGCAUUCUUGAAGGUAUCGGCGUGCUGGCAGUCAUCACCAACGCCUUCGUGAUUGCCAUCACAUCAGAUUACAUCCCCCGCUUUGUUUACGCCUUCAAAUACGGCCCGUGUGUGGACAAGGGACGCCACUACGACGAUGAGUGUCUGCGAGGCUACAUGAACAGCAGCCUGUCUGUGUUUGAUAUGGGCGAGAUGAGGAACAGCAGCCAGUCCAGAUACUGCAGGUACAGGGACUACAGAGCGCCGCCCUGGAGCCCGGUGCCGUACGAGUUCACCCUGCAGUUCUGGCACGUCCUGGCCGCCAGGCUGGCCUUCAUCAUCGUCUUUGAGCACCUGGUGUUCGGCAUCAAGUCCUUCAUAGCGUACCUCAUCCCCGACAUGCCCAAAGACCUGUGCGACCGCAUGAGGAGGGAGAAGUACCUGAUGCAAGAGAUGAUGUACGAGGCCGAGCUGGAGCAUCUACAGAAGGAGAGAAAGAAGAACGGACGGCGUUAUCACCACGAGUGGCCUUAGCCCCCACCACCAGAACCUCUGCGCUUCACGCCACGCAGCCCUGAACUCACCCGCUUACCACCUGCUCUAGCUUUGGGAGUCUAGCUUGACGUGGCUGAUCCUGUACACCAAAGAACCCGCUUCAGUGGCCGGACGUUGGUUUAGGCUGUCGCUGUGAGUGACUGCUCCCUCGCCCCGCGUGGAGCUGCUCUCCGUGGGCUCUGACCUUUUCUUCCUCCCCCUGGGUUUCCCUCUGUUCUUUGGCGUCCCUAGGAAAACCUGUGCAAUUGUAAUGUUUACUAUGCAGAUGAAGGGCUGCAGAUCAGCGCCGCUGCGUUUGGCACUCGCCCUGCGCCCCUCGUACCGUCUGCACGGCAGCUAGUGCUCCGCUUGGACUCUGCUGUCGGCAUCAGCGUCUCCUCCUGGUGAUGUGACACAGCUACUGUGGUGAUUCUGCAAAAGUGAUGUGGCUACCAAAUAAAACUUACUCUGUAUCUGCCAUGCAACUGUAUAUUGCCCUUGAAGCAUGCUGGCUAAUAUUUGCAGCUAUUUAGCAAACUGCAAGGAAAAAAACAAAAACAGCAGCACUUAUGGAUGUUAAUGUCCAUUCAGUAGAUUUGACAGUAUUCUCUAUGAAACCCUAUAAAGUGCAUGGUAAUAUUGUUUUGACAAAGCCCGUCUUGAUGCCUGGUUCACGUGUGUCAUGUACUCAGUGUGACCUGUGUGUUCAUCUCUCUGUGCUACCGCUGAGCUUGAGGAGCUGUGAACCUAGUGCGAUUUGAUUGUGCCUACAGUUGUGCACGCCACAAUUAUGUCACCAACAUCACAUGUGCCUGUUUGUGCUGCACGUGCUUUUACAAGAGCGGGACGUCUUCUGUCGUCGUCGUCGUCUUCUGUUGUAAACUCUCUGAAGCCUCUGGUGAGGACGUAUUUUGGAUUCAAGUCGCGCCCCGGUACCGACUUUCUGUGCAGCUUACGGCGUAAUGCGACUGCCACCUUGAGCAGUGGAUACGCUCGCGCGCAGGAGCUGCAAAUCCGCUCUUCCAUCCUCUGCUCCCAGUCUGUUUUGCAUUUGCUGUUGGAAACACUGAAGCGUGGUUGAAGCUUGGACCACUUAGACAUACCUGUGGCUUGGAUGCUCACUUUGCAAAGAGCAUCCAUCCACUGUUCCUCGCUCGCAGAGAACCUUCAAAUUGCCGUGCGUCUUUCAUUAAACACAAUCAGAUGCUGCUUCAGCUGCUUUCUGACCUUGAUCAAUGCGAAACUAAAGCCCUUGGUUUUGCGAGACAUUGUCUUUUCUAAUGUAAUGGAUUUAGAGCAGCGUGUUUUAAGCAUGAACUCAGGAACAGGCAGCACAAGCAACUGUGAGUCUGACUCUGAUUAUUAACCGUUUCCUGCUUUAAACAGGCUGAGUUAUGAGAGUUACCAUGGGGUGGGUGAAAAGAACUAGACACAUCGCUACCAGCCAUCAUUUGAUGGAAUCUAUAACACCACUACCCUGACUGCAUUGCACAACAUUAAAAUGUAUGUCAUUUUGCAGUAGCUGCCCUCGAUUUAGUUCUUCAUUUGUUUAUUUAUUCCUAAGCACAUUUUAACAUGUAUCUAUUUUUUAUACUAUUCUUUUGUGUUGUUUGUUUACGUUAAACCGUCUUCACCCUCAAAAUAGCAGAACAACGUCCACAUUUCUCAGGUGUCCUCUGAAUGUCCGCAGAUGAUCAUAUUUUCUAAGAUGCAUUCGAAGGCAUCCGGCUUUUUUAAAUGUCUAUUUUUGCACUGCAGUGCAUUUGCAUGACUAUAGUGCACACUCACAAUAAAAGCAUGUUGGAUUUUCUUUUUUGCAUAAUCUCGUUAGGUAAGAACACAAUCCUAUACAGUAGCUCGCUGUCGAGACUUGAUGCAGGUUGUUGACGUUUUCAGUCCAGUGCUGGCUUCAUUUACAUGAGAGGAAUAUUUGUUUUCAAAGUCUUAACUAGUCCAGGUUUUUUUAAAUAACGUCCCUGCUAUGUAAACAUAGAAAAUCUAUGCAUGUUGUAAUGUUCGAAUGCUACGUUUCUUUUGAACAGAUGUCCUGGUAGAGUGUGCAUGACCAACAGCUGCUCUGAGCUCAGCUAACGUCCUUAAAACUGUUAACCGCGUCUUAAACCUAUCUCCUCCGUCUUGGGUGUUGGUCAUUUUUGAAGGUGCAGACAAGACUUGAUGUGGCUGAGUUUUAUACUUUUAGGAGCGUUUUCUAAACCACAGCUUUGAAUUGAGGCUGAUUAUUCUAAUCUGAAGCAACCCUCAAACUCUCGACGUUUAACUGCAAUUAGCACUACACUUAACAGCUAUGUCGUUUAAACUGACAGGGUCAUUUUACGACAGGCCCGGCUACUAAUGACUUCCAGACUGACCUUUUCCCUCGCUGAGGACAUUAGAAUUCACCUUUCCACUCAAACAAAUGCUGCACACUCAUGUUCAGGUGUUUUCCAGACAUUCUGCUGAUGGUGAUAGCACAACAUGGGUAUUGUAUAAUGAGUAAUAAUGGCAUGACCUUGCACAUCUCUGCAAACAUAGCAGUGUAGAGGGGAUUAAGCUUUCUGUUCUGCGCUAUGCCUCCUAAUAGGAUUGUGCUUGAGCCGUUGAUGUUCUUGACGUGGAAGCACAGUGGUGUUAGACCAUAGAUUUAACUGUACAGUAGGGAGGUCUCAGUCGUGACAUGAAGUGUAUCAAUAACAUUGUUUACUGUUUACAUGUAAAAACAUACUGAAAUGUAAAAAAAACUAUGUACAGUACCAUCAAAUAAUUUGGAUAUCACUCUUUUCUGUAAUAAAUUCUGGAUUGUAUCUUUUGAA